AUGGGUAAAGCUAAGAAUCAUUCUAGUUCUAAAAGCAGUACCAAACAUGCCAAAAGCGGUCGAGCUGCGGAAAAAGCUGCUGCAAGCGGAAAAAAAACUACUGCAAUUAGCUCUGAAGAGUCUGCAAAGAGCAAAAAUAGGGGCGCGGAUGCAAAUGUCUCUUCGGAAUUAGGAGAAAAUUUAGUGAACUUCACAGGUGUAAUUGAUGCAGAUUUGUCCUUUAUUAUGAAAAAACUCGCUAAACGCGAUACUACAACAAAAUUGAAGGCAUUAGAAGAUCUAGAAGGAUAUUUACGUGCAAAGGAAGCAGAGGGAAAUAAUGUUACAGGAUUAGAAGACGCUGUUGAAGUUUGGGCGAAUUUUUAUGUGCGGCUAGCGAUUGACUCGGAUCGUCGUGUGCGAUUGGCGACAAACACUUGUCAUUUAUUAAUCGUGUCAAAGUUGAAAAAACGAUUGGCGCCAAAUUUAAAAGAAAUCAUUGGAGUAUGGGUCACUUCGUUUUUCGAUCAGAGUAAAGAUGUUGCUAGAGUUGCGGUGGAAUCAUUCCAGGCUGCUUUUUCCGCUGAGAAACGAAACGAAGUGUUGUUGUUUGGCCAAGCAGAAAUCUUGAAUUAUGUUUCUGAAAUACUUUUUCAGAAAACACCGGAAACACUAAAAGGUUCGAAAUUCAUAUCACAAGAAGAGAUGGAACAAAAGUAUGCGCGAGUCGUAUCAAGUUCAUAUUAUGCUAUUGCAUACUUAAUAGAGCAAUUAAAAGAAACUGAGCUGUCUAAAGCAAUAGAGUUGUAUGAUGAUUUAUUUGACAAUCAAAAACUCUGGGAGAAUUUGUCUAAUACAAACUCGUUGAUCCGUAAAUCGUGUUACAAUCUAAUAAAGACUUUGAGCACAAAAUGGCCAAAGAAAAUUGAGGAACGACUUGAAUUAUUGAGUCACGUUUAUCUAAGUGACAUAUUCAAUGAUAAAGACGCGAGGAUUCACGGAGAUUUGUGGGAUUCGUUGUUGAUGUUUACUAAAAGUUUUCCACAGUCAUGGGUAAUUGCCACCAAAGAGAAACCAAUGCUCCCUGAAUUAUAUCAUUUUCUUGAAUCCGGAGCUUUCGGGUCGGUCAAUGUCUCAUAUCCGAGUUUAUUACCGUUAAUUAGUCAAUUGCCACCUGAGCUUUUAUCCACCGAUCAUGAAUUCUAUUCAAAAUUUUUUGCGAACUUCUGGAAAGGUUUAACAAGCGGUACUAUUGAUCGCUCGAAUUCGGCUGCCAAGUCUGAAAACGAGAGAGACUCGCAGACGUAUCUAUUCGAAGAAUUCUUUCGACUUGUUGAAUUGUAUCUUGUUGGAUUUCAGGGAGCUGAUAAUAAAUUUCAAGCAAGAAACAUGUGUUAUGCGCUUUCCACUCAUAUUGUUCUUCUCUUGUCAAAAUCAAAAGACGUGUCAGAAUUGCUACUGGAAAGAAUGAGAAGUUUGGUGACCCAAACUAUUGAUAAAGAUGCUCUAACGGAAAUAUCACCCAAUCGAAACGCGGAUGCUGAUUAUAAAGAAUUUAGUCAAAGAUUGAUUGAUCUUUUUGGUUCAUUAUUAGCAAACACAAAAAUUGAGACACAAGAGGACAGGGAGACGAUUAAUAGGUUGAUCGCAAAUAUAUUUCUCACUGCUUUAGCUAAAUGCGAGCAGUCUUGGGGUCAAUCUGAAGGGUUAUAUUUCUUAUUAGCUACUUUAACAAAAGAUUUUAUUGAUAUAAUUUUCUCAGACGUCACUACACUAAAGGCUUUAGAAAAUUUUCUUGAUGGAAAAUUUCAUAGAAAUGUUACAUUAGUAUCUUUUCCAUCUGUUAAUUAUCUCAUUGACAUAUUCUGGAUAUGCUUAACUCAUAAAAAAGAUACCCACGAAAUUCAACAUUAUUGGGACACUUUAAUAUCAACAGUCUUGAAAAUCGAGGAUAUGGACAGAAAAUUGAAGAUUCUCUCAUGUCUGAUCUCUAAUGUGGGUAUGCGCCCAUUUGGCAAUGACCCUCGUCAGCUAUUCAACGAGGAACUUGACGCAUUUCUCUUAUCCUUGACUGAUACAUUAAAUGAGCAACUUGAAGAAAAUAUAAGAGAACAAAUAGAUAAUUUGUUAUAUGUGGUUCUUUUAUCAACUGGUUAUAUAUUAAAGCCAGAAACACGGAUGACUAUUUUGAAUAAACUUGCGGAUGUAAUCUCAAAAUUCAUACAAGACUAUUUUGUCUCGGAAAACAGUUUUAGCAUAUCCAAGGAACCAAUUUUCUCUAGUCUGCGGAUAUUUGAUAAGUUAUCAGCAACCAGCGAGUUUCUUGAAUUUUUAUUCGAUUCUCACCUGAUAUCAACGAUAGGAAAUAUAUAUGAACUUGUCUUUUUAAAAACCAAUGGAAGCUUGGACGAAGAUGCUAUAAAUACUUUUAUAAAGGUGUCAGAAAGGAUAUGGCAAGGGAUUAUACAAAAUCGUGAAACUAUUAGCCGAAAGGAUGCUAUAGCAGAAAUGAUCGUUCACAAGAUAAAAUCAGCAUUAUUGAAUAUUCAUUAUUCGGUAAGUCCUACCGACUUUGCCCAACGAGUCAUAAAGAUUAUUCAGGAUUUAUACGAAAAUGAUCGUGCAAAGAUACAAGAGAUAUUAGCCCAAUUUCUAUUAAGCAAUAAACAAUGGCGUGAGUUCAGUGAGCCUUUCUUGUCAUUGAAUCUCAAAUCUUCACUGUUUAGCGAGUCUCAAUCGAUAAAUACCGUAUCACAGACAUCACAAACCGGGAUUGAUGGGUCAAGUCAUAGCUUCACGUACGAUUCUUAUGGUUUAAGCAUUUACGCGCGUCAAGCAUUGUUCAUGGUAGAGCUUAUUAAUAAAUAUGGGAUAGAGAUAUUCCUUAAAAAGAAUUACGAAGACGAAGAUGAUGACGAUUUAACUAUAAAAAUUAAUAUAUUAUUACUUGAAUUACUUUCAUUUUAUGUAUUAUGCGCGGAUAUAAUAAGUGCUUAUAAUACCGGUCAACAUAUAUGGGAUGCUACUAGUGGGGAAGAAAGAAAAUUUCAGAUUUUUAAAACAAUACAAGUGGACAUUAUUUCCGCCUUGAAAAGAUAUCUAACUACUACCUUAUCAGAAGAUCCGUUCAAUUUCAAAGAAUUUUUAUCGCGUCUCGGUCAUGCGCCUGAUUUUCCCGAGGAAGAAGAUGAAAUAAUUGAUCCGCAAAGUUUAUUAAUUGAAACUAUCAGGAGAGCUCAUGGCAUCCAGUCGAGACAUUGGUCUAGAGUCUUGGAGUUGUUGAUUAGUAAUGUUUUUUCAAUCGCGAAUUUGUCGACGCCAAUGGCUGAAAAUUUUUUGGAAUUUAUCAAGAUAUCUAAUUUGAAUUUAAAACUAGAUUUGGCCUUAAUUUCAUCACUUCGAUCGUACCUCGAAUUAUCGGCUAAAUAUAAAGCUUUCCAAAACAAUCUAGCCGGAAGAUUAUGUAAUUUAGAUGCAAAAAAUAUCUUCACAAAAGAAACCUUAUUAAAAAACAAUGGAUGGACCUAUAUGUCUUUAUUGGUGGCUACUGCAUCAAAAGAUGAUCAAUUUUUUUUGCAACAAGCACGAGGCCGAAAUUUGCUACAACGCAUUCAAGCUUGGUAUGAAGAAUUAAAAGAUGCUCCGGAACCAUCUUCGUAUGCCGAACUUGUACAUGUUCAUAUCCAGAUCGCGCGUCUACUUAAUUUACUUGUACCUAUGACUCGGGAUCUUUACGCCAGCCAUUGGGACUUCUUUGAGCGUAACCUUGUUCUACGAUAUGAAGCUAUUCAAUUAUACAAUCGAUUGGAAAACCUUAGUGCGUCGUCAAUUCCUUCUGACGAGUCAGAAGAUGAGCUUUCACUCAAGUUGGAAGAGUAUCAACCGAAGAUUUAUGCACUUUUAGCGGAUUUCUUCUUCGAGGUUUCUACACACAAGAAUGAAAUUCUUUCGGAUAAUUAUUCCACUUACUUGGAUGCAUUAUCUAUUGCCUGCAAAUCACUUUCUUUGUCCCUGUUAACGCCUAAAGCGUCGCAGCUCUCUGAGACACUGCUAGUGCCACAUCUAGGGAUUCAAACAUGCACAUAUUCAUUGCUUCGAAAAAUGGCCAAGGAAAAAGUGGUUAUCUUAUCAGAAGAAUUAGAGAUUAUUAGUGCUUCAGACAAUACUUUCAGUGCUAAAUUCGAUGAAGGAUUGAGCACUUUGAUUACCGAAGCUCAUCAAAGUGAUUACUUAAAAGCAGUUAUUAAUGGAGAUCAUAAUGUUUUGGCUCUUCAUCACACCUUUGGAUAUUUUCUUGCAUGGAAAUUGAUAUUAGAUCACUUUGAUUAUACUACGCAAAAACUCAAAUUUCACUACCUCGAUCAUCUCAGAAACAAAAUGUUGGAUGACUUUCUUCCAUAUGUGUUUCAAACAUUGGGUCUUACAUCAACUGCUCCUACAUCAUUUGAUCUAAAUAAAUGGGACUUUACAGAAUUUUUCGUGGAAGCCUUUGAGAUUGAACUUGGCCCUGAAGUCGGAUUUCCGGUAUUCGGCGCACAUUUAUAUUAUCGAGCAUUGAGACAUUUUCCUUCGGCUAUAAGAGGAUGGUGGGUCGAAUGCAAAAAGCGUCAUUUAUAUGUUGCCGUGGAUAACUACACCGAGAAAUACUUCUCGCCGAUUAUUAUACAACAGCAAUUGGACCAAAUCCAACGAGAGGAUGUUAAAGCACAACUGCAAGAGGAUGAUAAGCUGCUUAUUCGGAUCGCGCGUGGUACUAAUGAAGUGAUUGCCGAAUUCCGGAUAGACGAAUAUGUGAUGGCGCUGAGCCUACGAAUGCCAAAUAGCUUUCCAUUGCGACAGAUUGAAGCUCAUACGGUGGAACACGUGGGUAAGACAGAGGUCAAAGAUUUAAAAAAGGCUCAGUUGCCUGUACAAGCAGUUAUCAAUACUCAGGAUGGAAGCUUGGAAGUGGCACUGAAUUUAUUUAAGAAAAAUAUGUCACUUCAUUUUGAAGGACAUGAAGAUUGCCCGAUUUGUUAUUCG